AUGGCUGUGUGGUUGACCGUGGGCAUGGUGCCAUUGCUGUUGCAAGGACGAAGCUACUUAAAGUUCGUGACGCCGCAUAAACUAACAGAUGAUCUAGUGGUUCCUGCUGAUGCAAAGCGAGAGACGGCAAAUAUCGCAGAGUUAUGCCCCGUUGAAGGAUUGUUAAUCGCUCAUGCGUGGUGGAAUGUUGCUGUCACGCACUACUAUCGGGUCGAUCACGGGCAGGUUUGUCACUUCGUGAUCCCGCAGUACAAUAUUCACGGCUCGUACAUCCUGGGGACCAAGAAAAUCGCGCCGUAUUCGACAGCGCCGAGCAGUUGUGAGGACGAAAGCUACUACUUUGAACACUAUUUCUACCACGGAUCCAUCGGAUACUAUUCUUUUUACGAGGAGGCCGAAGGCACGUAUUGCAGGCAAGACAAGACAGCAUAUGUUCGAGUUCGAGGGCUUGGGACAUUGGAUAUCAAUGGGGUGGAAUUGGCUGAGGACAGAGGAGAUUUUGGGUACCGACGAUCGUAUUGGUAUGGUACUUUUGGCGCCAUUUGGAUGAUAUACCGCAGCAUGUUGCUCCGCAAAAGCUACAUAAUGUGCAAGCAAUACGGAAGGCGGUGUGAUCGGAUGAACGAAAAACUUCGACGCAAGAACGCAGUAGUGUUCAUGCAGGAGAGUCUGCGACUUUCAGCCCAUGGAACGACGAACUACCAUCGUUUCGUGAUGAUGUACAUGCUUUUGGAGGGAAUUAUGAGCGAUUUGUUUCUGCUGAUCGCGCAGGACGGGCUGCUUUCGAUAAUUCAGUACAUCUCCCUAGGGUACAAUCUGGCUGGGAUACUCUCGAUGUCGUUUGAGAUACUUGAGGGCACUCGGUGGUUGCGUGACAAAGUGAGACUUUUCUUCAAAAGGCUUCUUUUCAGCUACGAAACAUCUCUGCUAGGGGAAUUUCUGAGUGCUGGUCUAAUGCAUUACUAUCUGACGUGGAUAAAUCGAUCGAGUCUACGGCACUCGAGGCCAACAGCUCUCGCGGUGUCAUACUAUCUCUGGAGUUUGAUCGGUCAUGGCGUCAUCGUUUUGGGCUUAACAGCAUUCGUGACCAGCGUCCGAGUGGUCUGGGCGGCCAUCUGUACGUGGCGGUGCCAUGGAACCUUGGCCGUAUUGACAGCGCCAUGCUGUGUAGAUACAACGCUUGGGGUUCGCAGCAAAAUGACCAUGUUGGGAGGAUAUCUGUGGGAGCACGACAAACUCUAUUACAAAGUCGAUGCUCUCAAGUCCUUCGGCAUCCUGAGAAUGGUAGAAGAAGGCGGAGCUGAAUUCUUCGUUAUCCGCAAAGUUCACUGGUUAAAUGUGCCGAAGAACGAUCUGUUCGUAAUCGGAAGCGUGUCCGGGCAUCGUGUAGAACCUUGCAGCGAGCGAUUAUGCACUGGCCCCAUCAGUGUGUUUGAUCGACAUCUUGGAGGCGAUCUCAACCAAACCGGGAUCGCUAGACCGCGUGGCAUCCGCGUUGAUAACAGAGUCGCAGUGGGGCCCAAAACACUGAAUGUCAUGCCGUCCUACAUCAAUCCUGAUACGCGUACAAUACCCACAAAUUCUUCGCCUGCAAGGGAAACCAUAUUUGAAUGA